CAACUCGAAAAUGUAAUGGCACUCCGCGUCUACCCGCGGAACUGAGCCACCCCGCCUCCUUUCUCCUCGCAGGGCUCGACUUUCUUUUGCGAAGCGAUUGAUAUCCCUUCGGUCGAGAGGAUGGCAGUGCGUAUCACAUUGGAAUGUGGACACACGUCGAUGCUACGUAUGCGCACUACUCCCGAGGGAUACACGCACGAUUGGGAAGUAUUCGUACGAGGAGUGGACAAUGCGGAUAUACACCAUUACAUUGAGAAAGUGGUAUUCCUUUUGCAUGAUACCUUUCGGAACCCCAAGAGAGUAUUCAAGGAACCACCAUUUGUAGUAAAAGAAUCGGGCUAUGCAGGCUUUAUAAUACCAAUUGAAGUUUAUCUAAAGAACAAGGAUGAACCCAAGAAAUUUCAAAUAUCGUAUGACCUUCAUCUGCAACCAAGUGGUCCACCUAUCAACAAGACUAUACGCCAUGUAGAAGUGUUUCGAAAUCCUUCUGAUGACUUUAGGAAAAAGCUAUUGAAGGGUGGAGCUGUUAUAGUAUCCAGCAGAGAUGGUUCACUAGAGAAAAGUGAUACGAAAUCAUCUGCAAUGGUUGGCAAACCAAAAUUGAAUGGCAGCGAAAGCAAGAAGCAUCGCGUUACUGAGUCUAAAACCUCUAAUCAAUUUCAUGAUUUAUUUGGCCCUCCCAUAAAGACGACUCCUAUAAAGAUAUCACCGGAUAGUAAAAAGACAAGUCAAUCCGAUAAGAAUUUAGUUCCUAAACCUUUGGCUGUUCCUGAAAAAUCUGACAAAGUGGAUAAGACGAUUAAAUCAAAAGAAAGUCCUCACAAAGACAGUAGGAAAGAUAAAGUGGACGAGAAGAAGGAUAAAAAAGUUCGAGAUAGUUCUAAAGAACAACUAAAGAGUAAAGAGAAAUCUAAGAGACCUCCUAGUCCUGGAAAUAAGAGUCAUUUAAGUCCUGGGAGCAAAAGGCCUGCGUCACCUGUCGUUACAAAGAAGUCACUAAGUCCUUUGCCACCUACAAAACGACCUCCAUCUCCUAAAUCAAAGGAAAAGGAGGCAAAGAAAAUUGGGCAGGAAAAGGAGAAAGACAACAAAGAGAAGGAGAAAAUAAAAAAUAACUCGAGAAGUGAUGUGGAUUCUUCAAAAUCAGAAAAAAAGAAAGAUAAGAAAAAACACAAGGACGACAGGGACAAAGAAAGGAAGGAUAAAUAUAAAGAAUCAGAAAAAGCUAAUGUUAAAGAUGUCGCGAAAAUAAUUGAGAAGAAACCUGAGAAAACGGAUAAAGCGGAGAAAUCGGAUAAGGAGAAACUUCAAGAAUAUAAAUCGUCGAAAGAUGGUAGAAAGUCUCCAAAACCUGGAAAAGAAAAUGAUAAAGUGAAGGAUGAUAAGUCUAUAAAAGAGAAAACAGAGAAGAGCGAGAAGUCUGACAAAGUAAAAGAUGGCAGAUCUGACAAGGAGCAUAAGCAUAAGCAUAAAAAAAGGGAAAAGAAAGAUAAACGAGACAGUAAGGAUCGAGAGAAGAAAGAGAAACGUGAUAAGAGCAAAGAGGAGAGUGAAAAACAGAACAAUGCGUCUUCGCUAGUCAGCAACCCAUUAACGUCCCUUUUAACGGAAAAUCCAGAGAGGGACAGCAGCGAUUCAGCACCUUCGAUGAACGACGAUGAUUCAUUACCUGAAAGUAAAUCUAUGCUCAAUAUCAAGAAGGAACCGGAACAUGUGGUACUAAGCACUAUACCAGCAGAAACGGCAAAGCCACUUUCUCCUGGUAUAUCGGUGGAGAUAAAGAAGGAGAAGAGUGAGCGUAGCAGACGAGACAAAUCCAAAGGGAGCAGAGGCGAGGAAAGAGAAAGUCGUAAAAGGAAGAGAAGCAAAGAGGACGACGAAGUUGUAGCGAAACGUGAGAAAAGCAGGGGUCAGUCAACUUCUCCACCUUUGGAGCCAGUUUCAUCGAGCCAGUCUCCAGUCGCCAUGGAUAUUGAUUCUAUUCAUCAUUCGGAAAAGGAGACGAAGAAAGACUUCAGGAAGGAGAAGGACGGUCAUGCCAUUAACAUGGCUGAUAACGUGUUAAACGAUACUGAUCCUGAACAAGUGGCCCCGGAUUCCACAAUAAAUAGUACCGAUGCGGAGAUCAACGACCCGCCUGUGUUUUCUGAGGAUUAUGUGUCACAGCUGAAGGAUUUGCAACAGAAAAUAAUGACUUUGCAAGAUAACGAUGAGUUACAGAGAGUUGUACAAGUAAUUGCAGAAACUGGUCAAUAUGAAAUCACAAAGAAGACAUUUGACUUUGAUUUGUGCGCAUUGGAUCGUAGGACUGUGCAACGUCUUCAACAGUUCUUCUCCGCAUCGUGACCAUCUGUAAUAUAAGGCAUGACAUAUAAUAUUAAUUUAUAUAGAUACACUUGGAAGAUUAUAGUGUAAGUCACGCGGUUUUGCGACAGACAUUUUAACAAUAACAAUAAGAAAAAAAAAGUAAUACAUGAGACCCCAGAAGAAUUUUUGAGUACAGUUUUUUAUUUUGAUUGUAAUGUUGUGAUGACCUAUACAGAUUAAAAAUAUACCAUUCGCAGUAAUUUGCGCAGGUUGAACAUUCUUGUGAUAGUAAGUAUAAUAUAUAAAGUAAAAUAUUUUUAAAAUUCUUUUUUACAAUUCUUGAAGGAUUGUCAACGAUUGUUGCUAAUAGUGUAUUGGCAGAAUCUUGGCAGCAAACUUGAAAAAAAAAA